AUGGACCCUCACGGGAACACUACGCGUCCUGAAUGGAUCACGACCACGCAUUUCGGAGGGACCACAUAUCUCGGGACGGCAACGAGCCCUGAUACCGAGACUUUCUUCUUCCCCUAUGGCCAGUCAUGCCGUACCCAGCAGGCCUUCAUCAGGCUCUACCCGAAUGGGCUACCCAGGUCCUACCACAUGGCGCCAAGCACGGACGCCGACGGAGUGCCUCGGACGGUCAUCGAGGACUGCAUCAGACCAGACUUCUUCUCGACACCCAGGCUGAUGAGCUCGCCGCCCAUCUUUGGUGGCCUGGGACGGACGACGGCCAUCCCGCUAUACCCCCCGCCGUACGUCCGACAGGUCGAGCUGUGGAGUUGCGACAAGAUCCAAAAGGUCUGCAACUCGCUCCGUCUGCAGUGCUACCCCCUGACGCUCGACAUACCGGAUUGCGUCGAAAUAGAGCAGCUGUACUGCUUCUUCAGCGGACCUCAGCUGUGCCGUUACGGCGUCUGGAACCUUCGCAAUGUCGUCCGCCGCCUGUUCAGCGAGAAUCAAAUCAUGAAGAAGGAUCCCAAGACCGCCUGGCGUGUCUCCUUCAAUAUCUUCAUUCACUGGUGGCUCAGCGACCCCAGCAAAAGGGCCAGACUCAUUCACUGGGAUAAACGAGGGAGCCCCAUCUUCAAGGUCGUGGACAAGAAUUCAAGACGCGGUAUAGGCCCCCUGGAGCAGUGGCAGAAGAACGACGUCACACAUGCCCUUCAUACCCGGCGCAGAUCCCUAUUGAAUCCUGGCCAGCGACCGACACGUCCCAAGAGCUUGUCCAGCGCGUGGGAGGAGCAAGAUGUCCACAACUGGCUUGCUAACGAGGAGAUCCUCCCAGCGUCUGGCCUCCCUGCUGAAGAUACUCCGUCGUCGCCAGCCACCGUGCCGGUCUACGUAAAUGACGCCCGGCCCUCCACGGUGCCGCAGUACCAGCAGCCCAUGACGCCGGCUUCCCGUCGUCACCCAAGCUGGCCCAUUUCACCCCAGGGGUCCUCAUCUCAUCCUCAGCCGGCAAGCUAUGGCACCGACAACAUGACGCCCACGCAUCAGCCAGGUGGCUCCCCAGCGGUUUCGACGGAUUCCCAGCAGGCGGUGGAGGCGAUAGUUGAGUCAAUGGCGCUACUACUGUCUGGUGGAAAUCAACCAAGCGGCCAAAGGCCCAACGGCAGCGCGCCCCCCAUCACCGUCGCAGAGCUCGAGGCCACCGCCAACGGCCCUGCAGUGCCCGCGCAGGAUUCGAGCUCUGGAGAGGAACCUGCUCCGAGCAGUACUCGCACACUCAACGAUGAGGAUAUACUCGACGCUGAGGAAACGCCAGUCCCACAGACAAAGCCGAAUUCGGAAGCAGUGCCGAGCCCUGGGACGUCAUCAAAGCACGAGACAAUGUCCCACCUAGAGGCAACGGCGGGCCCACGGACGACAUCGAAGACCGAGACAAUGUCAAACCCGUAG